GUGUACCUGCCCACCCUCCAUCUCCUGGCCACUAGUCAGCCAUGGGUGGCUGCUUCUCCAAGCCCAAGCCAGUGGAGCUCAAGAUCGAGGUGGUGCUACCUGAGAAGGAGCGGGCCAAGGAGGAGCUGUUGGCAAGUGCAAAGGGUAGCCCUCGGGCUUACCCAGGCAAUGGCACUGCCCGCCACUUUCAUGCUGAGGAGCACAUGCCUGCCCCCCACCCCUACCCUGGCACUCAGGACUACAUGGAGGCUGCAGUCUGCCACAUUAAAGAUCUGGAGAACAGCCAGAUGCGUGAAGUAGAGCUGGGCUGGGGGAAGGUGCUGCUGGUGAAGGACAAUGGCGAGUUCCACGCCCUGGGUCACAAGUGUCCGCACUAUGGGGCACCCCUGGUGAAAGGUGUGUUAUCCCGAGGCCGGGUACGCUGUCCCUGGCAUGGUGCCUGCUUCAACAUCAGCACCGGAGACCUGGAGGACUUCCCAGGCCUCGAUAGUCUGCCCAAGUUCCAGGUGAAAAUUGAAAAGGAGAAGGUGUAUGUCCGAGCCAGCAAACAGGCACUGCAGCUGCAGCGAAGGACGAAGAUGAUGGCCAAGUGUAUCUCCCCAAGCGCCAGCCACAGCUGCAGCACCAAUGUGCUCAUUGUAGGCGCAGGUGCAGCUGGCCUGGUGUGUGCUGAGACGCUUCGGCAGGAGGGAUUCUCUGACCGAAUUGUGCUGUGCACGCUGGACCGGCACCUCCCCUAUGACCGACCUAAGCUCAGCAAGUCCCUGGACACACAACCUGAGCAACUGACGCUGCGACCCAAGGAGUUCUUCCGCGCCUAUGGCAUUGAAGUGCUCACGGAAGCACAGGUGGUGACUGUGGAUGUGAAGAAUAAGAAGGUGGUGUUCAAGGACGGCUUCAAGCUGGAAUAUAGCAAGCUGCUGCUGGCUCCAGGGAGCAGCCCUAAGGCCCUGAGCUGCAAAGGCAAAGAGGUGGAAAAUGUGUUUACCAUCCGGACUCCAGAGGAUGCCAAUCGUGUGGUGAGGCUGGCCCGGGGCCGAAAUGCUGUUGUCGUGGGAGCUGGCUUCCUGGGGAUGGAAGUGGCCGCGUAUCUGACUGAGAAAGCCCACUCAGUGUCUGUGGUGGAGCUGGAGGAGACCCCAUUCAGGAGGUUCCUGGGAGAGCGUGUUGGUCGGGCCCUCAUGAAGAUGUUCGAGAAUAACCGGGUGAAGUUCUACAUGCAGACAGAGGUGUCAGAACUUCGGGCCCAGGAGGGAAAGCUGAAGGAGGUCGUGCUGAAGAGCAGCAAGGUCAUUAGAGCAGACGUCUGUGUGGUGGGCAUUGGUGCGGUGCCUGCCACGGGCUUCUUGAAACAGAGUGGCAUCUGUCUGGACUCCCGAGGCUUCAUCCCAGUCAACAAGAUGAUGCAGACCAGCGUUCCAGGUGUGUUCGCAGCUGGUGACGCUGUCACCUUUCCCCUGACCUGGAGAAACAACCGCAAAGUCAACAUCCCACACUGGCAGAUGGCACAUGCCCAGGGACGGGUGGCUGCCCAGAACAUGCUUGCACAGGAGGCAGAGAUCAACACGGUGCCCUACCUCUGGACUGCCAUGUUCGGCAAGAGCCUGCGCUAUGCAGGUUAUGGAGAAGGAUUUGAUGAUGUCAUCAUUCAGGGAGACCUGGAGGAACUGAAGUUUGUGGCUUUUUACACCAAAGGUGACGAGGUGAUUGCUGUGGCCAGCAUGAACUACGACCCCAUUGUGUCCAGGGUGGCUGAGGUGCUGGCCUCAGGUCGAGCCAUCCGGAAGCGGGAAGUGGAGCUUUUUGUGCUGCACAGCAAGACUGGUGACAUGUCCUGGCUCAAGGGGAAAGGAUUCUGAGCUCAUAAAAAGCGGACCUGGACAGGCA